ACGCAUCGCCGAAGUAGGUUUUUCUGAAGAAUCCCAAUCGCACAACUAAUCCUGAAGAGUUGCUAGGGUCACCGUACUAAAAAGUAGAACCCGAGACCCAUCAGCCGGUCUUCGUUGCGUGUAGCUGGUACCGUAAUUAUACAUCCUCAGCUGGACGGCCAGUCAAAUUUGGCCGUCGGGUCCCUGAAGACGACUUAACCUGUUCUUCUCCCCUUUCGAGGAGGUUCUAAUAAUCGCUGUUUCCCACGACGCCGAAGCCAGCUAAAUAUCUCCAAGGGGGUGCGAAUGGGUAGGCUGGGUUAGAUAAACGUAGCUAAAGUUAGAUUAGGUUAAGUUAGUUACAUUAGGUUAGGUUAGGUUCCCCGAGUCUCGGUCAGCGGAGGUGUCAGAAUGAACACGGCGUGCGGCCGAUUUUUCCUAUCGUAUCUUCGCCUGAACCAAAAACUGUACGCGAAUAUUCCGGCGGGUAGCCGAUGCUUCGGAGGUUCCGCCGAGCAUGAGAAUCGGCGAGCGGUCGUUCUCCAGGAGGUGGCAAAGAAUGUUAAUCCCUUUGGUAAGGUGGUCGUCGAGGUACCUUGCGACGUCGAGAUUCGACCUACCGACUUCGAAAGGUAUCCCGAUAUGAAUACCCUCCUCGUCCGUGUCCUUGUCAUCGAAGAUGCUGCCGUGGAGAACCGGCCCUCUAGUCUUGUCUCCGUUGAAGUAAAUGACCGCGAAGUAUGGGAAGUCAAAGGAGAUAUGCCCAUUCCCGCCAACGCCAAAUGCCUUAUAGAGUCGCCGAUCAGGUUUGAUAUCGACGUCCGGGCAGCCGGCGUGAGCAGCGUCGAUGUCUCUGGUAUGGUUUCGGAUUCAAUCAUAGUGAGAACCGCGGCGGGUAAUAUAACCGGAGAGAAGCUGCAGGCGAGUCAAAUGAUAUUGUCGUCUGACGACGGCGGCUCUGUUACCCUACGUCGCACUCUUCAAGGGAAUAUUGAAAUCAACACUGUCGAUGGAGGGACAGUUCGUGCCGAUAAGUUUUUGGGCACGGAUUUGAAGGUUUCCACGGAAAACGGGGAUGUAGAUAUCGGCAGCAGUUACUGUACCAAUUCACAUUUUACCACGGAGAAUGGUAAUCUCACCCUGAACAACCUUCACAUGGACUCUACCAUCGACAUACCAGGAAACGGAGGAUUGAAUAUACUUUGUCUGGACGGUUCCUUGGACGCGAAGUUGAAUACAGGACCCUCCAGGGUACGCGUUGUUCGUUUAUCAGCUAAUUCCAGUAUAUCCUCAUCGGGCGAUGUCGACCUUGUAGUACCCGAGCAAAAUGACAUACAGUUGAACCUGAAGGCUGGCCGACUCGAUAUUGACGGUAGUAUAAACGGCAUGGAAGAACACACGCGUAACGUUCAGCGGUUCAAAACUUUCAAGGGAGAUACCUCUCUCGAUGUAAUGUCGGACAAGAGUAUCAAGGUAAGUAAGGCGAGCUGGGCAGACACCUUGAACCUUGGGAGGUUCCUGCGCUAGGCCUACUUUCCUCCUGAGAACAAAGGAGGACUAUACGUCGAAGCAUAAUAGUAAUGGAA